UUACUUUAAACUUUCAACUCAUAACUAACACUUUGUAUAGAAGAAAGAUGGUACUGGUUUCUUCAAUUAAUCAGACUUAGCUUCUUGAAAAAGAAACAUCCCCAAAAUUUCCCCUUUGUGAAAGGUCAAUUGGAUUGCACAAAGUCAAACUGUCUAAUCUACUAAUCCAUCUAACUCAACCUAAGUUUCCAGUAUAUAUACACAUCCUAAUUCGCAGUCAUUUUACUACUUGAACAAAAAACACAUCAAAUAUUAUUUCAAAACACAAUUCACACGCCAAAAUGGUGAUGAAGAGAAACAGAGAAGGAUCAGAUCUCGAAGACAUACACACGAUGGCCAAUUGCUUGAUGCUAUUAUCCGGCAGCGGCGGCGGCGGCGGCGAAAUUAACCGCGUUUUCGAGUGCAAGACAUGCAACCGGCAGUUUCCGUCGUUCCAGGCGCUCGGCGGUCACCGCGCGAGCCACAAAAAGCCGAGGCUGGGAGACGAUCGGGAGGCGUCGCCGCCGAAGCCGAAGACACACGAGUGCGCCAUCUGCGGCCUGGAGUUCCCGAUCGGGCAGGCGCUCGGCGGCCACAUGAGGCGCCACAGAUCCGAGACCGUUCAGAAACUGUUGCCGUCGCCAGAUCUGUCGCUGUCACCGUCACCGUCACCUUUACCUCCAAUCGUGAAGAAACCGAAUAGCCGGAGAGUUUUGUGUCUGGAUUUGAAUCUGACGCCCUCGGAAAAUAAGUUCAUGUUUGGCAACGUCGCCCUUAAUGUAUUUUUCUGAUUAGUAUGGGAGAUGAUUUAUUCAUUUGUUUGUAGGAUUAAACAGACCCUAGCAUAGAUAGCACCCAUGGAUUCAGUCAUUUAUCCUUUGUACAGAAUUUUUAAUUUCAUUAAAAUUAAGUAUAUUCUUUCGUUCAUUUGAGAAAUAAACGAUUAUUUACUUCGUGUUUAA